GGCAAGUACAAGAUGUUAGCAGCAUAAUUCAUUCUUUGGGUCUUCUUUUAAAGAGUUGCCUGCGCGAAACAGUUAUGGUGGACAGGUAUAAUAUUCACAGCCAGUUAGAGCACUUACAGUCAAAAUAUGUUGGCACUGGUCACUCAGAUACAACAAAGUUUGAGUGGUUAGUGAAUCAACAAAGAGACUCUGUAGCAUCCUACAUUGGACAUAACAAUCUUCUUGAGUUCUUUGCAAUUGCUGAGAAUGAGGCUAAAGCUAGAGUGAAAUUCAAUUUACAAAAGAAAAUGCUUCAACCAUGUGGCAGACCACCAGAGAGACCUGAAUGGGAAUAACUAUUCAAACUGAGUUUCAGCAAACAUGUCAUUUUACUUUUGCUUUUUAUUUCUAUCAAGAUUUUCUAACCUGA